CACGCGCGCGGAACAUCUGUGUUACAUUUUUACAUUAAAUAACCGGUAAAUAAGUGUUGUUGAUACGCGAAGACUAUUGCAAAGUGGGCAUAAAGUGCUUAUAUUCGUUAUAAUAUAAUUGAAGUUGCAGUUUAUUGUCGAAUUAAAGUGAAUUAACUUAAAAACAUUUUUGUGCUACAAAACCGUAGUGUCUGGCGAUUGUGAGUUGCUACGACGCGUAAGCGACGGGCUCCGCACGGCGCUUAGGACCUUUUGGACGCGACCUUUCGCUAGCCGGGUUAACGCUGCGAAGUAGCGGACGUUGUUUACAUCUUUAAAUUGAACAAGCUUUAUUGUCUACCUUCAUCAUGGAUUGUAAGACUUGUAAUGGAGCUUUAAAGGCGGAGGACAUAAUUAAAUGUGCAGCAUGUAAUAAUUCCUACCAUUAUGUAUGCGUGGGAUUGAGCGAAGUUGACUUUAAGAAAAUAUUACCUAUGAAUAAGAUUAAAUGGAAAUGUCCGUCGUGUAAACCUGGAAAGAAAAAGAUGAACACCGGCAGUCCCAGUGCCCCUGGCACCCCUAGCUCGGAGUGUGGCACGUCGCAUUCAAUGAUAAACAUUGAUGCGAAUGCUAUUAUGGAGCAUUUUGAUAGCCGAUUUAACGCCCUGCAGUUGGCCAUCAGCUCCCUAAAAACGGAUGUUAAUGACCAACUAAUGAAACUUUCGGCCACUGUUAAUUCAUGGGAGGCUAAGAUAAACAGUUUUUCAUCAUCCAUAGCAAAUAUAAACGUGCAGAUCUCGGAUCUUAAGGACGAGAAUAACAAACUAAAUCAAGAGCUCGAUCAAUUGCGCUCCAAAUUGAAAGACAUUUCUGACAACAAUCAACGCAAUGACCAGUGGGUUCGCCGUUCAAAUAUACAAAUCAACGGGAUCCCUGAAAAAAAGGGUGAAAAUCUUUUGAAUCUGGUGAGGUCCCUAGCCCAAAAGUGUGGUUUUUCUAUCAGCGUGGACAGUGAUGUAGACUUCGUAACCCGAGUGGCGGUUAAGAAUGACGCCGAUAACAAGACGCCGAAGCCUAUUAUCCUGAAAAUGCAUUCGAGAUAUAAAAAAGAUGAUUUUUUAACAUUACUACGUAAAAUUAAGAACUGUACCGCACGGGAUAUCGGUAUCACAGGGGCACAGAGUGGUAAUAGAAUAUUUUUCAAUGACCAUCUUUCUGCAAGGAACAAAUAUCUACUUAAUCAAGCUAAAAAGUUGGCAAGAGAGAAGGGCUACGUGUACUGCUGGGUCCGCAACUGUACGGUCAUGGUGCGCCGCAACGACCAGUCGCCGAUUAUUCAUAUUUCAUCCGAACAAUCUUUAAACAAAAUUGUAUAAGAGUUAUAGCCGUUCAAAUUUUUUUUCUUCUACUGCUUUUAGCAUUUACUGUUAUUGAUGGUUUAAUUUUUAUAAUGAUUAACAGUCACG